AUGACGGAGCUAACAACAUUUAUCACGAUGAUAAAUAGACUAGAAAGAGAGAGAGAGAAGACAAGCAAGGAAACGAAGUCAGUUUCUACCUUGGCCAUAUUUGUCAUCCUCUUUUUGGUCAUCUCUGAAAUAUCCGAGAUAAAAGCGCGGGAUAGCAAGUGCCUGAAAGAAUACGUCGAUGCGCCUGCAAGUUAUUGUAUGCUUCUUAUUUAUCCGUCAAUGUGUUAUCAUAAAUGUCGUUCGGACAAUGGCGCGAAAGGUGGGAGAUGCGUUGAUCUUAAAUGCUUCUGCGAUUUCUGCAGCAAUAAACCUUUCGAUCAGUUUCUAAGCAGUGUUUGAAUCUUGCAUGUGUAAUGAAAUAAUCAAAGGUAAGUGAUCCAAGAAAUAAUGUAACAAUAAUUAAUUGAUAUAAAAAUAAGAAACGCUAGACGUUUCACGUACGUUUGCUUGUGUUAUUA